UAACUACUUUCCAAAACAGCAAUAAUAAACGGGCAAAAGCCAAGACUCAAUCAAAACGUUGUUCAUAUUUGACAAAUUUCCAGCCAUUUUUUAGCUCUAACUCAGAAACACCGCCAAGAAUUUGGUACCCAUUUUUGUUGACUUCCCAAUAAACCCAUAUCUCUACUGAACAGAGCAGCAUCAAGAUUCUGAAGAAGCCAUUGUUUUGCAUCAAGCUCCAACUCCAAGCUCUGUUUUUUUCUCUCAGACAUUUGAAGAAGCAGAAAUUAGAAUGGGUGACAGAUACAAUCGAUUCAACCCCAAGAAUCUUCGCCAGAAAAGCGUGUUUCUGCCCAUGCUCUGUUCGAAGCCGGCUAUCAAAGACGGCCGGCAGCCGAAAUGCGACCGAGACCGAUCGGAGUCAUUUUCUGGCGACCCUUUAUCGCCGAGAAUUGGGUGUUUGGGUCAAGUUAAGCGGAAUAACAGAGUCGCCGGUCUUCCGAUUUCCCACAGAAUUUUGAUCACCACCAAAAAUGCCGUCCUCAACAACAGGAAGGGAAAUAACGCCAAUGUUGGGUAUUUCAAGUUGAAGAAAUUCUUCUCCAGCAAAAAUCUCUUGGCUUCCCCCUCAGCCUCCGCCAGGUCCGCCGCCCCCACCGCCGCGUCGGUGUCUACGGCCGCCGCCAACGGUUGUGGCAGUAGAAGAAGGGCGGCGCCGAACUGCGCAAUUUCGGGUAAGAAGGAUGUUUCUAGAAAUGGGAAUUGCAAUUCGUUUAGCGUUGUGGAUUUGGAUCCGCCGUUGCCGGUGGUCCGGCGAGUGCAGAAGGCCGGAGAAGAAAGGGGUGAAACGAACAAUCUCUGGAAGAGGAGGUCCAGCGGGACCGUAUUACAGAGCUUACAGAUUCAGCCAAUCCACAUCCCAAAGCAUCGGCUUCAGAUCACGACUAUUUGAUGAGAAAAUUGAAGUGGGUAGCUCACAAAUUCAUCAAAGAUUCAACGGAGUGUUGUGUAAAUGAUCUGUUCUCUUUAGUUUUGUUUCUAGUUUUGGUUGUGUCUCAAUCACAGGCGCCGGAGCCGGCGACAAUGUGAUUGUUACUCAUAAAUCAUAAUGUUCAUAAAUUUUUUACAAGUUCCAAUUUUGAGUGACGUGUUCGUUCUAAAUUCUUGCACCUGAAACGCAUCAGAUCUGAAGAAAGUGGCAGAUAUGUUCUAACAUUGACAAUUUUGUUUUAUCUCUCCCAAUUCCAAGAUGCAGCCAUUGGACUUGUUUUACUACAUGAGUGUUGUGCAGAAAAAUCUGCUCCAUUUUCCAAAGAAAAUUUGAUCAGAAAAGAAUCCUUUUUCUGCUUUCACCAAACAGGGCUCUUUCUUUUUGGGGGCGUGGACAUUUGGGCUGCUCCUGCUGCCUGCUACUGCUUUAAUAUUUUUGUCCACUUGCCACGUAAGCUAUGGGAGCUACUGGAUAACUCUGGCUUUGUGCCUGAUAGUUGUUUUAGAAAAUAACCUUCUAUUUUCCUUUGUAAUCUUAAUCAACAUCUAAGAACAAACAUGAUUUGAGAGUAACCUCAUUUUUUAAAAAAUUGUUAUUGAACGAAAUUUAAGGUGUUGAAUGCUUAUCGGUACGAUUAUAAUUAGCAACAACUUUUUUGAUCUACCAAAUAUCAAGAAGAGGCAUGCACAAGUUAUGGUGGCUCCAGAGAGGAAGAGAACUCAGUGUACUCAUAAGCAUAUUUUGAAGAUUUUCAAAGGUCAACAAGAGCUAAGUUACCAAGGGCAAAGAGCUGGAAGAAGAAUCAAGAAAAUUCCUAUGUCAAAGAGAAGGACCAACUGCAUGCAUAUGAUGGCCACCCAUCGCACACGCCCAACCGCAUGCACAGCUCGCUAACCUUGCAAGCAUACGUCCACGCCCACACUAUUGCUUAGCCCUAUGCGCCAAUGCCCCUGUCUAGCACCCAUGUCUGCCCAUGGCCCCGGUGUCAGUGCAAGUGCCACUUCCGCACGUGCACUCGUGCAUUGCCAGCACCCAUGCCCGCAUGCCCCUACGCGCACGCUAGUCUGUACACGCCCUGGUCUGCCUACGCCCUUUGCUUGUUGUCAAGGGGAUGCCCUAUCCACCUUUGUUGUUCAAGGAAAAUACUUUCCUUAUUUGUUUGAAGAAUUAGUUUUUGUAAUUCAUUUUAGCAUUUUAGACCAGCAUAUUUUCGAUUUAAGGAAAAUUGUUUAGUAUUUAAUUUUUAAUUCCUUAAUUUUAGGAUUUUAUUUUGUCCUAUUUUCCCCUUGUAUCAGCCAUGGUCUUCGCCUAUAAAUAGGCUCCCUUAAAAUCUUGAUGCAAUUUACAAUUGUUGAAUAAAAGUGUCUUCCUUUGAUGCA